AUGUCCGAAACUGUUACGUUAAAGGAUGCUCUAGGAAAUGUAGAGUUACUGGAGGAUUUAAUAUUACCGGAUGAUCAACCAGCUAUCGAGGCUCAUCCCCUUCCCUUACUGUGCAGGACAAACUUUGACACCAACUUCGAGGACAGAAAUGCGUAUGUGACAGGUGUUUCUAAAUACAUUGAGGAGGCAACUCGUCACGCUCUUUUUAACGACCUCCUAGUCGAAGGUCUGCAGCAUGCGGCGAACCUUUACACAUGGAGAUGCUGCUCUCGUGCUGUGCCUACGGUGAAAUCAAAUGAUCAGCCAAAUCGUGUCGAAAUUAAUAUGAAAGUCGUGGAAGUUUUGAGACCUGAAGUUGACAAACUUCAACAGUUUAUGCUGUUCACGAAUGAUGCAAUUUCGCGAUUCUGUGAAGAAGUUCGGCGGCUUUGUCAUACAGAAAAGCGGAAGGAUUUCGUCUCUGAAGCUUACCUUCUUACAUUAGGACGCUUUUUGAACAUGUUCGCAGUUCUCGAUGAGUUGAAAAAUAUGAAAGCAUCUAUUAAGAACGACUUCUCCACUUUCCGAAGAUCUGCACAAUUUCUCCAAGUCAUGUCUGACACCCAAACCAUCCAUGAUAUGCAAAACUUAAGCAUGUUUCUAGCUACCCAAAACAAAAUUAAGGAUGACUUAAGGGCGAGGAUGGUGAAGAUUGAAGCAUAUGAGGAACUCCUAGCCGAUGUUAUCAAUAUAUGUGCUCACAUGUUCGAAAAUCACUUGUAUCUUACACCGUCAGAGCGGCAUAUGUUCGUCAAAGUGAUUGCUUUUUCUCUGUUUCUCAUGGAUGGAGAUGCUGCCAACGUAGCGAAGAUGGAUCAGAAGAAACGUCUAAGCAUAAGCCGUCUAGAUAAGAUUUUUAAAUCGUUGGAAGUUGUCCCACUUUAUGGGGACAUGCAAAUACAACCGUUUUCGUUCGUGAGGAGAUCGCAGUACUACGAAUCAAGUAAAUGGACGCUAAGCGAUAAAGAGGGUGACAAAUGUCAUGUGAACAUAGUUGAGAAAAUGAAGAUAACUCGUGCUGAUCAUGAGUCUUACGUCACUCAGCUUGCGAAAUUAAACAACAAUGUUGCCAUUAGCGAUCGAGUAGCUCUAAACUCAGACUCGGAAAACCGCGAACUGACCUCAUUAGCACUCAGUGGAAUGCAGCUACUCUGUCAGUGGACGGCAGACGUGGUUGAAACUAUUAGCUGGAAACUGCUUCAUCCAACAAAUAGCAGGGACAAUAAAGAUUGCCCAGAGAGUGCUGAAGAGUAUGAGAGAGCUACGAGGUACAACUAUUCACCCGCUGAGAAAACAGCUCUCAUUCAAACAAUUUCGAUGAUAAAAGGCUUGCAGUCGUUGUUAGGACGUAUUGAGUCUUCACUUUCCAACGCAAUAAGGCGCCAUAUAUACGCUGAAUUGCAAGGAUUUGUUCAACAUGCUUUCAACGAACCGAUCCAAAAAGCAGUGAAAAGCAAGAAGGACCUUCUUGCAAGCAUUCUGCAAUCGGUGCGCGAUACUUGCGUUGAUACGUAUUCGUCAACUUCGGAUUCACGUCCUUCAGUUGAAAAACCUAAGAAGCGUCAGGGUAAGGACUCUACGACUAGUUCGAGCAGCGACUUGCGGAUUGCUCGAAGAGCUUCUCCUCCUGCUCCAAGCAGUACACAGCUUUACAUGGCGAGGACACAGCUGGAGUCGUUGAUAUCUGAAAGAGCCAGCGGCGGUAAGAGAGUGCUACGUAAAGAGCUCGACGCUAAGACCAUUGAAAGGAUUUCUAUUUUUCUAAGAAAAUCAACUCAUUGGCCUGCUUUGUUUCGUCUCUCGGACUCGUUAGCAGAGGCUGCUGAGCUAAGCCAGCUCUGGUUCAGAGAGUUCUACCUAGAAAUGACAAUGGGACAGCGCAUUCAAUUCCCCAUUGAGAUGUCCAUCCCAUGGAUUUUGACUGACCAUAUACUGACAAAUCCUGAUUCGUCCUUGGUUGAGGGAGCAUUAUACCAGCUGGAUUUGUACAAUGACGCUGCCAACUACAGUCUUUUCAAUUUUAGGAAACGGUUUCUCUUUGAUGAGGUGGAGGCUGAAGUGAAUUUGUGCUUCGACCAAUUCAUUUAUAAGCUCUCCGAUAUGGUCUUCACACACUUCAAGCAGCUAGCGUCAUGUAUGAUGCUCGACAAACGAUUUAAACUUGAUUGUCAGCGUGCUGGAGUCACAAUAAGAACACCACCGGCUGGUCGUUUUGAUGGAGUGUUGAGACAGAGACAUGUGCAGUUGCUCGGCCGUUCCAUUGAUCUUAACCGGUUAAUAUCUCAGCGGAUCAACAUAGCACUUCUAAAAGCACUUGACACAGCAAUCUGGAUGUUUGAAAGUGCAGAGCUUUCGAGUAUAGUGGAAUUAGAUUUCCUUAUUGAGACGAAUCGGCUGUGCCACUCCUUAUUACGAGAAAGGCUUUUUUCUGUGGCGGACUUCAACGAUCUUUUGCUUGAGGCUAAUCAUAAUGUAUCAGCACCACAUGGUCGUAUCACGUUGCAUGUCUUUUGGGAACUUAAUUAUGAUUUUGUUCCGAAUUUUAUCUACAAUGGAUCCACCCAUCGUUUUGUGCGUGCGAAGGAAGUAUUUCGGAAAACUCCAGCACGAGAGAGAAAGCCACAAGUUUCUUUUGUUUACCUGUGGGGCUCAAAGUCUUUGAAUGCUGCAUUCGCUAAUAUUUUUUAUUCAUACGCUCGUUUCAUUGGUAUUCCUCACCUAAAGGCGAUUGCACGACUACUCCAGUAUCAAGGUAUUUCUGUUAUUCUUGAGGAGCUGUUGAAGAUGUCACGCAUAUUAAUCACUGAAAAAUUGAAACGACAUCUAAGAGCAAUGUACUCAGUGAUGCCGAAGCUAUGCAAACUACCCAGAAGUGAUUACGGUAGUCCAGGAGUUCUCCAGUACUACUUCCAUCAUCUCGAAGGAGUGGGCAAGUACAGUGAGUUGAAAGGAGAAUUCUGCCAGGAUCUUCGAGAGUUGGGCAACAUCAUAUUGUUCUGCGAACAACUUGAACUAGGUAUGGCACAAGAGGAGGUGCAGGAUCUCCUUGCAGCUGCCGCAUUCACAAAUGUCAUUCCAAAACCACCGGCAAAAAAUGUUGCGGAGCAAGAGAAACAACUGGUUAAACUUGAAGAAAAAUAUUCUCGAAUUCAACUGACGAACGUUGUCGAAAAGCUCGGUGAUGAUAAGCAAAUCGCAAUCUCUCGUGAAGCAGAACUUAUGACAAAAGAACGCCUUUGCUGUGGAUUGAACAUCUUUGACAUGUUUUUGAGGAGAAUUCGUCAAAUAAUCGGUGAUGAUCCGCUUUGGACUGGUGGCUAUCCACCAAAUGGUGUGAUGUGGAUCGACGAAUGCGUUGAAUUCCAUCGUGUUUGGUCAGCUCUUCAGUUUUUCAUUUGCCAUCCCCGUCUUACUGAAGAUGAACGUCUAGUAGAGGAACUUUUCGGCGACUCUUUACAAUGGGCUGGAAUGUCGAUCAUUUGCUUAUUGGGACAGCAACGACGUUUUGAACUUCUCGAUUUCUGUUACCAUCUUCAUCGAAUACAAAGACUCGAUGGCAAAGAUGACACCGUCAAUGGAGUUCGCCUGGCUCGAAUGGUUGACCGGAUAAGACGUUUCCAGCUAUUAAAUUCUCAAGUUAUUUCUGUUCUUAAUAACUAUCUUCUUACUAACGAGGAGUUCGAAGAAGAAAAUGUUCGUGAAUUUAUGCCACCUACGCAUCCAUCUCUUACUGGACAAUAUCCGGUAGAAUCAUAG